AUGAGCCACUUCAACAACCCCGACUCUGUCGCUACAAACAAGCAGGGUGAAUUCCACCCUUCGGUGAAACCUACGGGUCCUAUGGAGCAAGGCGGUCACCAAGUAGGAAGAAAGGUCGCUCCUAGCGACUUCGUCCCCGAAUUCCGCGCCGAGACCCAUCCCCCUGGUACCGCGCCCGCCAGCAGCUCCUACCAGCCUAAUCCCACCGGCGAGGUUGGUGGCCAGGCACUCAACCCCAAUGUCGAACGCGGCCAUGGCAAGGAAUCUGUCAAGACCAACGCUAGCGAUACCUUGAUGGGCGCUACAUCGCAGGACGUGCACCGGGGUAUGGGCCAGCCUAUUUCGGGACAGACCAGCAACGAGCUUCGCCAUGAUGGACAGCAUGGACGCAAGGGCCAGAGCGCGGGCUUGGAACAAGUUGGAGCUAGUCGGGGAACUACCUUUGAGAGAGAUAUGCCGAGCCAGCGUGGACUGGAGCGCGAUGAGGCGCGCCCUGGUCAGCGCGGUGAUAAGGGUGCAUUGGCUGCAGAGGAUCGCGUGCCAGAGUCGGCAGAGACGGCGGCCGCUGAGUGGAAGUAUGAGCCUUCGACUAAGAGGGAUAACUCGCAUAAGCAUUGA